AUGAAUUCAACUAGUGUUGUUGACCUUUUGGAUUAUACCUUAUUAAAAGAUGAUUUACCAAGAGUAAUACGAAUAGAAUCAAUUAUAAAAAUACUUCCAAAAAUUUCACAAUCUAUCAUCUCAGAAACUGAUAUAGAAAUACUUAAAAAAAUUAUAAUAUGGAAUGCAUCAAUGUACCCUUUCAUAUUUGAAUCAAUGUGCCAAAAUCCUGUGGAUGCAUCAUUACUUUGGGAUGAUGUUUCCCUAAUUAAAAAACAAAUUAUGAGCUUUUUUGAUUCAGAAAAAACUAAUGAGGGCAUAAAAUUAUGCGCAGUAAAAUAUCUACAAGUAGUUGCCCGUGUUCAGUCUAGACAUAUGUCAGAUUCAACGGUUAAGGCUGAAUCUGAUAUUUCGUUAUCCUUAUGUCCGCCAUCUCAUUCAAUAUUAGAUAUACAGGCAUUAGAAAAAGAAUCAAUAUCAAUAGUGAAUGGAUUAUUAUCUUUUCUUGACACAGAAUCAAGUAUUGUAAUUACAGCAAUGAUCAAUGCAAUGGGAUCUAUAUUGAGAUCACGUCCACAAUAUAUUCAAGUUUUAUUAAAUGUUGUUAAAGUAUGGUGUAAGAAUGAUAUGCCAAAACAUUUUACUGAAUUACAAUUACAAAGCAUUAAAAAAACGAUCAAAAUACAUUUAAUAUCACUUUUAAGAAUUUAUGAAUCAUCUCCUAUUAUGGCUAAUGAGAUAUUUGAUUGUAUAAUACUCUUGGGAGGAAAGAAUGAUCCAUCUAAAUUUUCAAGACAAUUUCGAAGAAUGGUUCAACAACAACAAGAUAACGAAUUGUUAAAUGGAAAUUUACCAAAAAAAUUGGAUCAACUUAAACAAGAAAUAUUAGAAGGCGAAAAAAAUCAAUCAAUGGUAGUAGAUGUUGAACAAGAAAAAAGUGAAAUACUUGAUCCAAGGUUGAAAUCUGAUGUUGAAGAAGAAGAAGAUUAUGAUGAGGAUAAGGAUGUGAAUAUGGAUAUGGAUAAGGGCAAGGAUGAGGGCAAGGAUGAGAAUGAUCAGAAUGAUCAGAAAAUGGAGGAUAGGGAAGGGGGAAAACAAGAUGAUGAAGAUGAUGAAGACGAAGAUUUAUAUAAAUCAGAAAUAUCCAAAUCACCAAAUUUUCCUUCUGUUGUUGAUAUGGCAAAAGAUGGAUCAGAACCUAACAAAUUAGACAAUUUUGAUUAUGAAGAUGAGAAAAUGGAUUAUCCGGUCGAAGAGAAAAACAUUAAAUUAGACACAGAAGAAAAAAUUAUUAAAUCAGAUGAAGCAACAUACCAAUAUAUACUCCCGCCACCAUCAACAUUAUCAGAAGAGGAAUCACACAAUUUUGUCAAAAUGGCACUUAAGAAUAUGUUAGAAGUUGAAGGGGUAAUACCUGCAGAUGCAAAGAGUAACAAACGAUCUAGUAUAGUCUCGACGACUUUGUCUAGUGGUAAAAGAUUUACAAAGUCGCAAUUACACGUGAUGACUUCACGAUUGUUGACAAGAGGUCUUGAAACUUCAAUGGAACGAAGGGAAAAUCUUGAUGAGUUAAGAGAUAUGAAAUUACAAUAUAUCGUUGAAGAUUUUAAAAACAGAAUGGACUAUGCUUUAACAUGGCUUGAUGAAGAAUGGUACCAUGAUUCCAUAAUGCAAAAUGAAAACUCUUCAUAUGAGCCAAAUUAUACUAAAUGGUUAAAUAGAUUAUUAGACAGAAUCAUGCCUGCCCUUGAAGAUCAUACUUUUACACAAUUUAUACUAGAUAUACCAGAAAUAUUCGAAGAUGUAGUUAAUAGAAUUAAAAUAUUUUGCAAUGAUCCUGACAGAAUGUCACUUGGAUUUUCAACCUUGAGUGAAUUGGUUAACUUAAGACCACCUGCAAGAAAUUUUUGUUUGAAAAUAUUACUGGCUUAUUGUCUCUACAAAGAUGAUAAGAUACGUGGACAUGCAAUAAUGGUUACAAAUAAAUGGUAUCCUACACAUGUUAGCAUUUCUAGAAAAAUAGAGACAUUUGCAUUAGAAUCAUUAAGGCAACUUUGUAAUGAAACACCACCACCAAUUUUUGAUUUUCAUUAUCAUUUUGUUGAUUCAAAAGAAAACUUAUACAAAGAAUUAUUGAAUAUUUAUGUGAAUACAAAUGAAUCAGUGAAAAGUAUGAUUCGUAAAUACGCAUCAAAAUUAGUAGAGAUUAUAGGAUUGAAUGGGUUACUGGAAACUUUUCAGAAUUUCCCAGAUGGUACACAAGAUUUAGUAUUAAGAAUGCUGAUUGUAUAUACAAACAAUAACGUACUACCGCCUAAAUUGGUCAGUACUGUGAAGGAAGUAAUUGCUGAAAGGGAUUUGGAUGGACGAUUCCUUUUUCCAACAAUUGCAUAUUUUGAAAAGGAAGAUAUUUUAAAACAUCUUCCAAAAGUUUUAUUAACACUUGAUGCCAGUGAAAAACAACGUGAUCUUGUUAAAAAAGUUUUUCAUAAAAUUUUAACACCAUCUCAUGGUUCUACAAAUCCUACGAAUUCAACAGUGACCCCAAUAGAAUUACUAGUGGCAAUCCAUAAGAUGUCAGUUCCAUUAAAACAAUUGGCUGAAGGAAUACAUAUUUGUUUUUUAUUACCAACUAUUUUUACAUCUCAAGUUUUAGCAGCAGUACUACAUAAUUUAUCAAUAAUGUCUGAAAUGCCUACUUUAUUUAUGAGAACUACUAUUUCAAGUUUUGUGAAUGAAUUAUUGAUACGUCAUAUUAAUCAAAUAUGGGAUAAUGACAUGUUACGUAAAGGGUUUAUUUUAUAUUGUGCAGAGUUUUGUCUUAAGAUACAAUCAAAUAAUUUUUCAUUUUUAUUAGCAUUACCAAAAGCUCAUAUAAUAGAAGUAUUAUCACAACAAGAUCCAAAAUUAAAAAAUUCACUAAAAGAAUAUAUUAAGAGUAUUAGUACAGAUACGAGAAGACUGGAAAAAGAAAUUCCACAAUAUUUGAUUGAAUAUUUAAAUGAAGAUUAA